AUGAGUAAGACUAUUAAGAAAUUAAAUGAUGCUGCAUUAGAAAAUAUGCAAACAACAACUUGGCAUGAUGAAUACAAUAAGAGUAGUUACAUAUUUGUUGCCAAUCUUAAUUAUGCUAUGAAUGAAGGUGAUAUAGCUAUAGUCUUUUCAUAAUAUGGAGAAAUAGUUGAUGUACAUUUAGUCAGAGAUAAAAUUACUGGUAAAUCCAAAGGGUUUUGUUUCUUGGCAUAUGAAGAUUAAAGAUCAACAAUAUUGGCUGUAGAUAACUUCAAUCAUGCAGAAAUAUGUAUUUAUAUGAAUUACCAAUAAGGUGGAAGAUUAUUAAGAGUAGAUCAUGUAAGAGAGUUCAAACCCCCUAAGGAGUAUCUUGAUAUCUCUCCUGAUGAUCCAGAAAUAUUUAAUAAGCUCUAUAAACCAUCUGGUCCUGAUGGUAAAGGUUGGGGAAUUUUUAGAGAGUUGACUUAAGAAGAAUUAGUAUUAAAAGCAUAAAUAGAAGCUUAAUCAUAAGAGAUUUAGAAAAGGAAUGAAAAAAUAUUUGAGAAUAUGCAAUAGAUAAAAAAUAUGCAGACCAUUAUUGAUGAGGAUGAAAGGGUAUUAUAAUUAUAAUAUUUUAAAGUGGGAUAAAAUGCUAAUGGUUUAAGAUGAGAAGAAAGAACUAUUAGAAAAAAUUGAAGCUCUUUAAUAUUUCAAUAAUAAGAUGCAAAAGUAUAAAGAGAUUCAAGAACCAGAAAAAUAAGAAACAAAUGAGGAGAGAUUAUUAAGAUUAUAGAAAAAAUAAAAUAAGAAAUUUGAGAAAAAGAAUUCAGAAGAGAAGGGAAAAGAAAGAAAAAUAAAAAAAGAAAAAAAAGAGAAAAAAAAUAAAAAAAAUAAAGAUAAAAAAGAGAAAAAGGAUAAGAAAUCUAAGAAUCAUAAAAGAGAUCAAUCACAACAAUCAGAUAAAUCGGAUAGUGGAAAUUAAAAAUGA